CUUCCAACAUGCCCUUGAUUAUUGUGCCUUCUUUAUGGGAAGGAGCCGAGCAUAACAAGCAUGUGUCUGGUGAUAUUCUGACUCUUAUUUCCCGUUCUUUGACUGCAGGAGAAGCUAUACCUCUAGGCGGGCUGGUGGAUCCUUCUGGAAACCUAAUGCUUCUUGGGGAUUACUUCACUGAACCCCUAAGUGGGAAAACCUCCCGGGUACAUGGAGCUCAUCUCCUGCGAGACAAGGUGCUGCCCCACGGUGGCAGCUACCAAGCGGUGCUGGAAGCUGGCUGCCUGCAAUCACAAACCCAUGUGGUGAAUGCCCUAAAGCAGUUUAGGGCAUCGGUUUUGGAAGAUACCUGUCUAGCAGCGGACAGAUUGGCAGCACUGAAGGCUUCAGUAGAAGAUAUGAAGAAGUCUUUCACCACUAGGUUUUAUCAUGCGAUGUAUUGCUUGCAAAGCCUCAAGAAAAAACAAGAAAUAGCUUCAAACCUCAAGAGUAAUGGUGGUAAUCUGGGUAUGAUCAAAUACCCCGGCACAGAGAUGUGGAUCCCUGCAGUGUUUGGGAUGAAAAUCCCAGAUCCUGGUGGGUCUGGUUUGAUGGUGCCAAUUCUGGGAAUAGACUUUGACUGGAAUAUGAGACAGCCUUCCCCACUCGCAGGAACCAUGGAAGAUGGAAAUGGAAAAGGCCUUGUCCCUAUCACAAUUGGUGCCAGAGCCAUAAGUCCAGUUACAGGUGAAUUUGGACCUGUUAUAGGUGCGCAAACCCACCCCUGGACACACAAUGUAAUUCCUAUUGUCCAGUCCUUCAGAGCUUUACCAAGAAGAGCUGCAGAUCCAGAUCUGCUGGACCUUCUAGAAAAGGAAAUAAAUUCAAGGCAAAAAUACAGGCACGGAAGAAUAAAAAAGGAAGAAAGGCUUCUUAAAGAACUGAGCUCUCUAUUUCUUCAUGUCAUUCAUGAUGCAAAAGAGGGAAAGGCCCAGAAGAUACAAUACAGGGAGGAAAUGAAAGACAUUGAGGAAAUGUGCCAUUUUCUUGAAGGAUCCUCUCUGCAGGAAGCUGAGAGAAGAGCUUCAAAAUAUUUCAGCAGCCAGCUGGGCACCGAACUGCCCUUACUAUUCAAAGCUGACAGAGAUGAAAAGGACCAGGAAAUACAGGUUCUGUCAGAGAUCAGAAAGGCACUGGAAAACCUGAUGCAUUUCAUUAAAAAGAUGCAACUAGAAGAAAAGCAAAUGCAGAUGACCGAGAGAGAGAAGCAAAGGAGCCAUGUGUCAAGUACUGAGGCAGCAACAAACCUGACGUUCAGACAGGUCAUACUUGCCCUAGCCUCUGAGUUUCAGGAAUGCCUACUGAAACAACAAGCUAGUGUGGAGACUGCAUACGCCAAACUGGAAUUUUUGAGGGACUUGUCAAAUAUCCAGACCCAGCAGGCAAAGAUGCUUUUCUCUGGGUCACAAAAGUGCUUUGAAAACUAUGAGACAACCCGAUUUUAUGGCAGUAGUAGGAUCUCACAGAGUCCAUGCAAGGACAUCCAUCAACAUCUGAUCCCUCUGCUCAAGUCUGUGGUUCAGAUGCUGGAAGAAGAUAGCAGAAGCAGUGCAUCACCUGAGACACCUGGGUACUCAUCAAGAAGUACUUUAAAAGCAUCUGCUGCUCAUUCAGAGGCAUUAAGGACUGAAGCAAGUCAGGAAACUGCUUCGGCUUCCACAGUAUCAGCUCUUCUGCCCAUUUCACAUUCAGAAAAGAUCAGCCUUGUACAACAAGAAGUCCAGAUAAAGUUUUUCUUAGAGAAGCAUGCUUGUGAACUGUUACACCUGGAACUAUCUUUAAUGAUGGAAGAAAUAAGCGCAUUUUUUUAUGAAUCAUGCAAGACUAAGGAAAAUGAAUACCAUACAGGAAACGGGGGAAAGACCAGUAGAGGAACAGAAGCAGUCAUCGCCAAGGACUCACUCCUGAAAGAACUGUCAGAACACCACCACCGUACUGAACAAGUCCUCUAUCAGAAACAUCGGGAAGAAAUCAAACAUUCUGGCCUCAGCUCACGUUUAACAGCACCCCAUCAGACCUUACAUUUUCUGGAAGAAAUUCCAGACCAGUUGUCAAUUUGUCAUUCUGGUUUUCAGAUCCCAGACUCUGACUUCACUGAACGAGAAGAACUACGUUCUCAGGAAGUCAAGCUUUCUCCAGACUCUCUAACUCAAAUACUACAAGCUUCUGCAGUGAAGAUAGUAAAGCUGGAAGCUCUGAGGCAAGCAUGUCUGUACAGAGUCCUGGAUCUCUACAACAACCUUCAGAUGCUGACUUGGCCAGAAAGCGUGACAAGGAUCCUGAACAGCUUUGACUACAAAACUGAUGGUGAAAGAGUAGCUCAAGAGGUUGCUCAGACUCAAGAGAAACAGCAAAUGGCAAGAGCUCUGGCUUUUCUCCAGAAGCAUCAUCAGGAAGGGGAUUUGCUUGUGGGUUUAAAGGAAGCUGAGCUGAGAAACAUGCAGGCAGAAUUUAGACUGGAACUUCACACACAGACAGAAGAAAAGAUACAAGCCAAAGAAAUGCAAGUGAUCCAAGAGACUGAAGGAGAAGAAUUAGGGGAUUUGCUGGCAUACUUCAUCCUAUCUCAGAGACACCUGCGGCAAACCGUCGUCAUGCUACAAGAUUGCUACAGGCUCCAGAAGGCUACACUGAGGUUCCAAAGGGAGGGCACUGACCUGGAACAGCUUGCUGUAGAAGAGUUAUCAAUUGAUGAUGACCCGAGGGGCAUGUUGUAUCUGCUGAAGAACAACACAGAGUACACGUUGUUAGUGCUUGAAUAUAUACAAGCUCUAAAACUAUUACAGCUGAGAGAAGCACAGUUUAAGGAAAUAGGCAGAAGCCUAAAAGGCUACCUCCAGGAGAAGUUUGUGGAUGAAGCUAACAACAUAACCAAUGAACUGAAAAAAUUCAGAGAGCAGAAAAUUAGAAAGCUGAAGGAUCAGCUGAAACUCUUCCUGGGAAAUAAAAGAACAAAGAAGAAUAUUUCAAGUAGUUUUGAUCCAUUGCAGAGCUCGAUGAAUAAAUGCAGUGAAACAAAAGGGAAGGAUUUUCAUCCAGAUCUGGAAAAGCUGAGGAUGAGAUCUGAAGAAGAAAGAGAAGAGAUGCAGCCAACCAGCAGUCCUCUGUUGUCCAUCACCAAGUCUUUCUGGAUUCCAGGGACACAUCAUAAGGCAGAUGACGAGCUCUUAGAGUUCUUGACUGAAAACAUCCAGGUGCUGAAGCAGGCAGAACACCUGAUGGCAUCCAGAAUUAUUCUUCUGAAUCCACAGUUCACGACACCUCCUCUCUAUGGUGGUAAUAGAACUAAGUAUCUGGAAACCUCUUUUCUUCUUGGUCUUCUGAAAGAUGUCAACGAUGAGCUCCGAAGUCAUGCGGCAGCAACUGGGCUACUACAAAGCCAAAGGCUGGACAAAAGUAAACCUCAUCUCUGCUCAUCCUCACAGGAAACAUCAGAAGAAACAGCAAGUUCUUCUCAGGGUGUACAAGAUACCUUGAUGGAUCCAGGAGGAGAACUAAGAGUAGUCGAUUCUGCAACCCUUUCUACAAGGGAGUUUGUCAUAUAUCAAUAUGGCAUCUCCAUCCUGCAAUUUCUCAGACUUCACGUUGAUGCUCCAGAAAUUAACCUGUGUGUUGCCUCCAGCAUACCUCUCUGUAACACUACAGGCAAUGCCUUUGGAAACUGCUUCUUUUAUCAGAAUUCGGAGAACAAGCUGUUCAUUCUAAGGGAUUGCCUGGGUUCUGUUGGAAGCUUCCUCCUGCUCCUUGUGCACUGUUUAGCUCAUAUCACUGCUGCUGACUUCAACCAUGACACCAACCCAGUCUUUCUGAGACUGUUUUAUCAGGCACUAAAGACUUGCCUUGGUGAAAUGUACUCUCUUAGACUCCAGCUGUCAACAGUUCUCCAGGGUGAUAAAUCCUCCAGGAUAACUCAGACGUUGCUAAAGGAAGAACCAUUCUCCAAGGAAGAAAUAACUCUGAUCUCCCAACUUUUUGAGGUGAAAUCGAAAAGCUUCACAGGGAUGGAAGCCUUUGAGAAGGAACUACUAAAUGGCAAGUCAUUUCUGAAGAGCAAAGAACGUUUCCUUCAUGCCUUAAGCAGCUGUGAAAAGGGCAGUUUGGGAUGGAGGACAUGCUCAGCAGAGGAGAGCUGCACUUACUUGACCACUUCAGAACUUGAGGAUAGAGUGGAUACGUUAACUGAAGAGCUUGUGGAUGUCAUAGAAAGUGAACAUCACCUUUUGAACAGUAAAGGCAGUGAAGACUUGCAUUUUGACCACCUUGAAUUAACUAGUUUGGAAAAAGACCAUUUGGUACGACAAAUAAAGGCAUUAGAAGAGAAGAUAGCCCUAGGUAAAAAGUCUUAAUGAUAUUCAGAAGACUUCAUGAAUCGGUUCUAAAUUGGUCCUCUGCUUUUGUCUUCAGGCUUUACACCAAAAUAAAUCUUGUGUUUUCAUUUUAUGAGACUGUAUUUUUCCUCUUCAUACCAAAGGCUCAUUAAAUUGAGAGAGAAAGCAAUACAGUAAUUUAAGUGACAAGACUUUAGCCUACGUUACUACAUCCAGGUAGUGAAAUGACAAACACUUGUAAAAGCUUACCAAACCCCCAGCUUUCAGGAACAGAAGCAAAAUUUAGAAACAGUAUUUAAGUCUCAUUAAGUAUAUAUUACAUAUUUUAAGCUAAAGUAUCAUUCUGCUACAUGUUUUGAAGCCUCUACAGACACCAGCUGACAUUGAUGCUUCAGACCUUAAGACAAGGAAAGCUAUAGAUGUGAUCAGCCCAAGUAACCGUACCUACACAAUCACACAACAGAAACAGGAGAUAAAAUGUCCACCACCAAGAGCAACUUGCCCAGUCUGGACAGCCUUCACUUUUCCUGAUGUCACCACGUGCCAGCUGCUCUGUAGUACCAGCCAUAAAGGAAUGCAAGCCCUGCACUGUCAAAGACUAGCUCCACUCUUAAGCUUUGAGAUGCAGACUUUCCUCCUCCCAAAUUGAAGAGCCAAGCCCUGAAAGGCAUGGGGAAUUUGCCAUCCAAUAGUAAAUGAAGUAUCUGUCCACCACAGCCUCUAGUUUAGGUAACAAGUCACAUGAGAUCCUUCUCACCUCAUCAGAACAAUUUAUGAAGGCACAGAGCAAGAACUUUAAGUUAUUUCAUGACCCACUGAAUAACCUCAUACUAAUGCUGUUACCUCAUUAAACAUUCAACACUGAGAAAUGGCUAGAUUAUUACAACUUUACAAAUUACACACACACACACUAUUCUCUCAGAAUUGGCAAGUCAAACACUCUCACCCUAUACAAAGAUGAUUACUCGGACCUUACUAGGAAAAACACACCACUGAUUACAAUAAAUGGAUCAAAUUGCUCAAGUGCAAGCUCUAUUAUCAAAGCUCUAAGAAUUAGUUGGAAACACUGCUUCUGACUCACAGUAAUGAAGAAGCCUCCCACCUCACAUCGUCUCAUUUAUUUAGUUUAUGCAACAUCACACAGAUUACAGCAUUCACACAAAGAGCAGACUUGAAAAAGAAGUCUUUUAAAAAGGAAGUUCUCUAUACUUACAGGCAGUGUAGGACUGACUUUUUGUAUGAGUGAUCUACUAAGUCCUAUUAAUAAAGUUUAUUGCAAGAAGUCUUGUGCAAAAGUACAUGUGACUCAGCAGUGUGGGUUUGUUCUGAAGAAAUACAGACCAAGUCAUAGUGAAGCAUGACUGAGAGCACCUCAUUGCAGAACAGCAUUACAAGGAUUGGCCUCCUAAUUAUCCCCCAUCCAUAUCACAUGUACAUUAUAAUAAAGAGGUAAUUAAUAUACAGCUUACGGAGCACCUGUGACUUUAUACAGUAUUAUCUUCUACACUAU